UGAUAAUUAUAGCUGAAUAAAGCUUUUUUCCAUGCUUAUUUAAGGCUGGAUGAACAAACCAGAUUUUCAAGUCGACAAAGAUAUAGACGAGCCACGGAGAAAGAUGGUUCAACGGUUCGCAUAUUGCAUCCUUUUCUUUAACCUUUUGUUUUUCAUGUGCGCGCAUGGCAGCAGGGAUGAAAUUACUGAUCAAGAAUUGGAGAAAAAGAAAUUUUCAGAAGCUUAUUCUUUACAGACAACGAGAAUGAAUAUGGAGAAAUUUUCCCAUCAGAAAUUCCUUUCCCAGAUCCAAAGAAAUACGAAUGAAGUGAUAAAGAACAAUUCUCUCCAAUUAUAUUACAAGUUUUUGAAUGAAAUUAUAGGAAAAAUACCUGCAUGGCGCCAUCCGCCAGGAUCAACAGAAGAUUCAUCAGCGAAGACAGUAUCAAAAUGUGAAAAUUUCGUGAUUGAUUAUAUAGAGGCUUCAUAUUUAGGUCUGUUCACUCUAAACAGUUUAUAUCGUGGAAAGAUCAUGCCCAUCUACUUCCCCAUUGAUGAUUACUCUUCUACUUUCCCUCCUUUCAUGGCCAAAAAAAUUGCUGAUUCUUCCACUCAGAAAAAUCCACAGCAAGUAUGCAAACUUACACCUACUGAUGAUCAAGACCUGACAACAUUUUGCUCUACGUCCCUGAAAUCAAUGCUUGAUUACAUUCGUUUGGCUUUCAAAUCGGAGGGGGGAUUUAAAGUGAUUGAAACCACCCACUACCCUUCAUUAUCAACUGCCUUAUUACAAGACUAUAUUAUCACAGAAAAUCUGCAGGAGAUUGGAGGUUCUGGUAAGGUAUUUUGUCAUCCUAUGUAUCGUUCUUUCUAUUGCCAUUUUGAUGAUCAACUUGCAAAGGUAUUCAAGAUAUCUCUAGCUGGUGAAAAUGGAGAUCAAGUGGAAGCGAUUGCUGUUUGCCAUAUGGACACUUCACGGAUGGGCCCUGAUCUUAUUGCUUUUCGCUUGCUUCCUGUCAAGCCUGGCUCUCCUUUUUGCCAUUUCCUGCCUGCAGGUCAUCUUGUUUGGGUUCACUCUCCUACUAUAGCAUAUGUAUCUUAGUUCCAAUUUAAGUAGUUACUUUUGUUUUUUCUACUUGUGUUUUGUCUUGUAAGCAUGUUAAUUGGUGAUCAUCAUGUACAAAAAUAAAUAAUUUACACCAAUUUGUUAAUAAAACAUGGUACUUGGAUAUAA